AUGAUUUAUAUUCUGAAUUAUAUUCUAUUUUCACAAUGGACUCCUUUUGCUGUCUUUUAUCUUACCUAUGUUCCUUUUGGACUAUUCCUGACUCCUGUAUCCUGUUAUUUUAGGUAUGAUUACUCUGGCUAUGGACAAUCGACUGGAAAGCCAACUGAAUGUAAUACAUAUGCAGACAUAGAUGCAGCCCAUAAAUGCCUCAAAGAGAAGUAUGGAGUUAAAGAUGAACAAUUAAUAUUAUAUGGUCAAUCUGUUGGUAGUGGACCCACUCUUGAUCUCGCUUCACGCUUGCCAAACUUGAGAGGGGUCGUUUUGCAUAGCCCAAUUUUGUCUGGUAUGAGGGUAUUGUACCCUGUCAAGAGGACAUAUUGGUUUGACUUUUACAUGAAUAUCGACAAAAUUGGCUUGGUCAAUUGUCCUGUUUUGGUUAUUCAUGGCACUGCAGAUGAAGUUGUUGAUUGCUCCCAUGGGAAACAGCUUUGGGAACUUUGCAAGGAGAAGUAUGAUCCUUUAUGGAUAAGUGGAGGAGGACAUUGCAAUCUUGAGCUUUAUCCUGAAUUCAUCAGGCAUCUGAAGAAAUUUGUACUGUCACUAGGCAAAUCAAAAACAGCAGCUAAUGCUUCUAAAAAAACAACUGCUGAACCUGACAAUCAGAGCAAACCAUCUGAAGGUGGUUCUUCGGAUACUUUUGAAUUGGGUGCUGACCUUCCAGAGGUUUCUAGAAACAGUUUAGAUAGUCGGCUUGAGAAAUCUAAGAGAUCAAAUAAGCCUGAAAAGUCUCGGAUGAGCACUGACCGUGUCGAUAGAAUUAGGAGAAAAAAGGGCUUAGUGUGGUAAAUACUUAUACGAAGAACAUCUUCAAUAAGUUAUGUGCAUCUAUCCACUUGAGAAGGUAAUUUAGUUUUGCUCCUGCAUUUGUAAUUUGCACGAAUCCAGCAUAAAAUGUCAGAUUUGAGUGUGAUUCUUCUCAUAAAUGUUCAAAUUUUUCUGUAUGUACGAGUCAGAUUAAGGGAAAUAUUGCAUUCUAAAUUUUCUGUAAAAACAACAGCUUCAUUUGAUAAAAAAGUGUAGUAAUUUUCAGAUUUCAA